AUGCCCGGGCGGGCGGUGCUCCGGCGGAUCCAAUUCUCGCAUUCUCGAUUCUCUAGGCUUCUAUCGCACGAUGCAGCUGAUUCUUGCGGCGGCAUCGCCGACGGGAGAGGUAUGGAUGUAGAUCGAGCUCUGGAAUCUCUGGAAGAAUCUCUGGACAAGAUCGGCAGCUAUAGCAGAUUGCUCCGGUGGUGUGGCGAGGCGCAGGCAUUGGCGGAGGGCAGGAAAAUCCACGAUCACGUCAGCAAGAGCGAUUGUCGCGGUGAUCGCCGGCUAGCGAAUAUGGUGAUUGGGAUGUAUGGGAAGUGCGGCAGCUUGGAGGAGGCGCGUAGAGUUUUCGACACUAUAGCGAUGGCUCACAGGAAUCUCUUCUCGUGGAGCGAGAUGGUCUCGGCUUGUGUUCUCAACGGGGAUUACAGUGGGGCUGUGGGAUUUUUCGAGAAGAUGGUGGAGGAAGGUGUUGUUCCGGACAAGUGCCUCGCCACAGUGAUGAUCACGGCUCACAUCCGGAAUGGCAAUCCUUUCAAAGCGCUGGUGAUCUACUGGAGAAUGCACGCUGAGGGUGUGAGACCGGACACUUUCACGGUGGGCCUGGCUCUCAAGGCGUGCACGCUUCUGGGAGCUCUCGAGCUUGGUCGCGCUGUGCAUGCCAGCAUUGCCGCGACGGAGUUUGAAGACCAUCUCAUCGUCGCCAAUUGCCUCAUCACCAUGUAUGGCAAGUGCGGGAGCUCCAGCGACGCGAGGCUUGUCUUUGACGGUAUGGAACAAAGAGAUGUUGUCUCGUGGAACGCACUGAUUGUUUCGUAUUCGCAGGUGGCCAGAGACUCGACGCUGGCGUUUAGAGUCUUCCAGGAGAUGCAGCAGGAUGGAACCAGGCCUGACGCUUUCACUUUCGUCGGCAUCUUGGAUGCUUGCACGGACUUGGAGCACGGUAGGAAAGUCCACUCGCAAGCUACAGCAGAUGGUUUCACUACAGAUGUUGGCGUUGGAAACGCACUCCUCAGCAUGUAUGGACGCUGCUCCAGUGUUUCCGAGGCCAGGGACGUGUUUGACGGCAUCCUUUUGAAGAACUCGGUGUCCUGGGCCGCCAUGCUCACGUCCUACACACAGCUCGGGCAUGCCAGAGAGGCUAUGGAGCUUUCUCGGUUGAUGAGCAUGGAAGGCUUUCGACCGAACAGGGCGAGCUUGCUUGGCUUGCUAGCUGCCUGUGCAACGCUUGAAGACUUGGAACAGGGACGAAAGUUUCACGCUACUUUCCUCGCGAGUGGUUUCAUGAUGGACGUGUUUGUGGAGACGACGCUGGUUAACAUGUACGGGAAGUGUGGGAGCUUGGCAGAGGCAAGAGGUGUUCUCGAAGGGAUGGAGGUGAAGAGCGUGGUUUCCUGGAACGCGAUGAUAACAGCAUACGCACAGCACAGGCAUGGAAGAGAAGCCCUGGAGCUUCUCAAGAAGAUGGACUUGGAAGGCAUUCCUCCGAGCAAGGUGACGUUCGUGAGCAUUCUCGACGCCUGUGCGAGCUCGGGGGAUCUAACGCGUGGAAGAAGUGCUCACUCUCGAGCAAUUGCCACUGGUUUUGGCGGCGACGUCAACGUAAACAACACGUUGGUGAGCAUGUACGGGAAGUGUGCGCGCUUGGACGAGGCCAGGAAGGUGUUUGACGAGAUGCCGAGCAGGGAUCUCGUUUCCUGGAACGCCUUGGCCGUGGAGUACAGCCAGCACGGCUGCGGCAAGGAGGCUCUCAAGCUCCUCUGGAAGAUGGACCUGGAAGGCCUGAAGCCAGACAAGAUAAGCUACACGGCUCUUCUCAACGCCUGCGUCUACACGGGUGAGGAGUCUGCCAAAGCCAUGCACAGGCGAGUUUUGGCCAGUGGCUUCCAGCUCGACGGCAACAUCGUCGCAAACUUCCUCAUCAACCUCUACGCAAAGUGUGGCAGCCUCGAAAACUCCAAGUGCGUCUUCGACGGCCUGAAGAAGAAGGACGUGGUCUCGUGGAACGCAAUGCUCACGGCCUACAUCCAGCUCGACUCGCCGAAAGAAGCUCUCAAGCUCUUCCAGGCGAUGGACAUGGAAGGCACGAAACCGGAUCAAGUUUCAUACGUCCUCGCGCUCGAUGCCUGCGCCGGUGCCGUGGCCCCGACUCAGGGAAAGCUCUUCCACUUCCGAGUGGCUUCUCAAGGCCUGGACAGCGACGACACCGUCCGGAACGCGAUCGUCAACAUGUACGCCGAGUGUGGCAACUUGGACGCCGCCAACCGCGAGUUCGAGAGGAUCAAACGCCGGGACGUGGUUUCGUGGACAGUCAUGGUGGCGGCCAACGCGCAGCACGGGAAUCCCAGGGACAGUCUGAAGCUGUUUUGGAAGAUGCAACAGGACGGGACGAAAGCCGACGACGUCAGCUUCCUGUGCGCGAUACUUUCGUGCAGCCACUCGGGGCUCGUCAAGGACGCCAUGGCGUGCUUUAGCUCCAUGGUGGAGGACCAUGGAAUCCAGCCGCUGGCGGAGCACUUUGGGUGUCUCGUGGACGCGCUGGCCAAAGUUGGGCGGCUCGGCGAGGCGGAGGAAUUCAGCCUGGCUAUGGAUGCCGUGUCGUGGCGGGCAUUCUUGAGUGCUUGCAGAGUUCACGGCGACGCAAAGCGAGGUGUCAAGGCCGCGAGUUUGAUCGACGCAAGCGAUCCAAACUCGUAUGUUCUCUUGUCGAAUCUGUUGACCAGCCAGUCCACGCUGGAACCUUUCCAGGAAUCUCUCGGCUGACAGUGGCCUUUGUGUUUGUUGUUUUUUUUGUUUUCUCUCUUUCAAGCUAGCUAUCAGCGUUGCUGUGCUCCAAGAGGCACUCACUCGCUCGAGGCAUUGAAGGGAAA